GGACCCACGGACAAAACUCCUGCUGCAGCGGAUAAACCGGCGGAGAAAGUUGCCUCUGCAGACAAGAUAGAGAAGCCUGCAGACAAACCUGCAGAGAAGCCCGCCGACAAGAAGCCAUCCGAUAAGAAGAAGAAGGUUGCUCAAAGGGAAAAGAUGAAAGACAAUGAUAUGAUCAAAAGUGACAACUUCACAUGGAGAGUUAUCAAGCUGCUAGGAUCAGGUGGCUUUGGAGAUGUGUAUAAGGUUGUGAAAGAAAAUGAUGCUGACAAGCAGGAGUACGCAAUGAAGACAGAGAUGUGUGAAGGAGAUAAACGUAUGCUACGUCUCAAAAUUGAAGUUCGUGUUCUUGGCCUUUGUACGCAAGUGGAGAAUCCCGAAAAGAAAAACACUUUCUCGAAUUGA